UAUGCAUAUAUUUUCAGUUUUCUAAUAUAAAUAAAAUUAUAUUUAAUUAAUAUAAAAGAUGAGUACUCAAAAGGGAAAUACACACCGAACGAGGCCACAAAAAUACAAAAAUCAAUUUGCAUUUAAAAAUGCUUUGCAUGAUACAUCUCACAAUAAAAAAAAGAUUAAUAAUUUACAAAUAUGUAAUGUAUGUGAAAGAUGCAAGAAAAUAAUUGAAUGGAAAAUUAAAUACAACAAAUACAAACUACUAAAGACACCUGGAAAAUGCAAUAAAUGUAAUGAAAAGACAGUCAAACAAGCUUAUCAUACUAUUUGCACACCUUGUGCCAGAGAACACAAUGAGUGCCCUAAAUGUGGAAAUAAAUCUGAAUUAAUAAUACCAAAAUCGAGUAAUGAAGAAAUCAAAUUAAAUCCCGAUAUUCAAGAAAUGCUCAAGAAUAUAUCAGAAAGGAAAAGAAGAACUUUCAUAAGAUUUAUGAAUAAACAGACAAACCAGAAAACUAAAUUAAAAGAAAAUCUUCUUGAAAAAUCUGAUAACAUAAGUGUAGAAGAAAAUAAAUCCGUGGAAUAUACAUAUGAACAAAUAUUUAACAAAUUAAAAUCAUUGAUUAUAAAUGAUAAAAAAAAUAAUGAUGAUAAGGAAACUAACAGUAGCAAAGAAGAAAGAAAUGAA